AUGCUCGCUAAACCAGCCCUGGUACUCCUGGUGCUUGUUGCCACAGCAAACUGGACAUCUGCAAGUCCCGUCCGUUCCGCUCGCUCUCCUUCCGAGAAGGUUGUGGGUUAUAAAGUUCAAAUCAGCGAGACUGGGACAGAGUACAACGAGACCAUCGAAGUGGACACGGGAAAACAAACUGAACUGUUUAAAGUUCCUGCUCAUAAGUCUGUUUUAGCAUCAAGCGGUGUAAAAACAAAUAUGACUAUGAUGCUGUUGCCGGAAAAAAAGAUAUGCUACCUAAUGCCACUGACAGAAGAGGUGCCAACACCGGCAAAACUCGAGAGUGAUCUUGACCGGACAGAGGAAUUAGACAAGGACAAGACCAAAAUUAUUGAAAGCAAGUGGACAGUGGACGAUGAGAUGGCUGAUCGGUCUGAACUGAGCGAGGAGUUGGCAAACUUUUGUCCACAAUACCCGAUUUAUCAGGUGAAAAUAAUGGACGACUCAUUGACUUCAACAAGGGUUGAGACAGAAGGAACGCAACAUCGCAGUCGUCGACGUGCGAGAUCAUUUCCGCCAAUUCACCCAUGCAAUCUGUGCGCAGGUGGAAAAGGCACCGUUACUUACUGGGAUAAGUGUUGGUGUUCCAAUAGUGGAGGAUACUGGAAAAUUGAAACCAAGAUAGCUUCGCGUACAUGCGUUACGAUCCGGGAGUGUUUUUUAGUGGUUUUGUAG